AUUAUCAUAUGCUCCUAAAAUCCAGUGUUUACCUAUGAGAUAUCAGACCAUUUAAAAUACUAGUAGCUAUCAACAAGACUUUACUACCGAUUGCAAACUUAAUCUGAUUCUAGGAAAAACCGAAGAAUUUCAAACUCAUAUUGACAUAGAGGGACUGGCAGUAGGUUUAAAUUGAAAAAUGUUUUAAUAAACGAUUCAGUGGUUUAUUAAUAUGGAAGAACUUGAAGUUUAUUAGCCAUGAUGAUGUGGAAAUAAGGACAAUAUUUGAACUCCUGUCAGAGAGAAUAUUAGAAAGCGACUGCAGAAAGGAGAUAACAGAUUAUUAAAUAUUUUCAUCAAUAAAUGAAACUAUAACUGAGAUAAACCAAAUAGAUACUCCAUGCAGAUGAUCAGCGAUGACAGACCUGAAUGAAUCAACAAUGAUUGGCCGAUAUAACUGAUAUAAAAACCAUGUUUUAUGUAUGCAGUUGAUGCACCGAAGACCCCACCUGCAUUAGUUCUUGCGAAACUGUCAAACUCGAGAUAAUCCCAGAAGAGGGGAAAUUUACAUUACAGAUAAACAAUAGCGUUUAUAUACCAAUUUGAUUAACCUUGUUCAGCUGACAUUCAGAAUUAUAUUUGAUAAAACUGAUAAUAGAAACAUGGUAUUUGAUUGGUUGAUAAUUCAAGGAAGUUAACGCUAACACGCUGCAGUUCACCAUCGGAAUACCAUAGCCGAAGUUGCAUCAAUUGAGUUAGUAAAUGUGAGGGAUAAUUUCAGGUCAUAUACGUGACAAAACUGUGAGGACAUUAGGUACAAGUAAGAAUAUACUGAUACUCUCCAGUUAUAACUGACAGAGCGAGUACACUGACUCUAUAGCCAAACCAAUCAACCAUGAUGAAAGUAACAUGAUUACUUUAACAGUUAAAUUAUCAAUCAAUUCUAAAAUUACAAAGUGCAUGGCUGAAGUGAAUUAAUAGCUAAAUUCAGCAAAGGAGUUAAUUUACGUUAUUAUAACAUUUCGAAUUAGACUUAAGUAACAUAUUAUUGGGGAGUUAAUGUGAUUGAACAAUUAACCAAUAGAGGAUCUCCGUGUAUGAUUUAAUGAAAAGACUUACACGAAUUACAAAGACAAAUUGUCAUUAGUAUUUAGGCGAUGGCAUCCCUUUUAGUAAGGAAUCUGGAAUAUUCUACUGUUUAGUGAAGACAGUCAGACACGCAGUAAUUAAGUUACAUGAACUUGAUUCCGUUAGAUAAACUGACACCAACAUUGUCUGUUGCAGGCAAAACCAAUCAAUCUGUCUGUAUGAACAAUCAACAAGAUAAUAGAAACAAUCAACCACCCAAGAGAAACAAUCAACCAGACAAAAUAUACCAGCCAAGAAGAGCAAUUAACAAGACAAAAUAGACAAUCAACGAGACUACAGAAACACAUAUCUGGAUAAAAUAAACAAUAAAGCAACCAACAGAAACAGUUUCAGGAGAACAUUUUGAAAAGACACGAUGGAUGUAGGUAACAUUAUAUAUGUGGUACUAGAAGUUGUCAUUGCCAUUACCGCUGUGGUGGCUAAUGCAUUAGUUCUGUACAUAGUCUACAAACAUAAGCACCUACAUAGUAUAACCAACUAUUUCAUCGCAAAUCUCGCAGCAGCUGAUCUACUUGUGGGGUUAUUCGCGAUUCCAUUCGCACUGAUCACAGCCAAUGGACUGCCAUAUGAUUUCUACGGAUGCCUGUUUAUGAACUCUCUCGUUGUAAUCUUGACUCAGAGUUCAAUCUUCAGUUUGUUGUCUAUAGCAACAGAAAGAUUCAUCGCGAUCAAAGAACCAUAUCGCUAUCAGCGUCACUGUGGCGGGAACUUUACAGCAUGGGUGAUAAUAUGCACAUGGCUGGCCGCCAUCUUUAUUGGAUUAUUACCUAUGUUUGGAUGGAAUCUUGGGCCUAAUCUAGAUGGAGGAAAAUGUCACUUCAUGAAAGUUAUUGAUAUGCAGUAUAUGGUUUAUUUUAACUUUUUCGCAUGUGUUCUUGCACCCUUAGUCGUCAUGCUGGGAAUGUACAUGUAUAUCUUCAUCAUCAUCCAUAAACAGACCAAGAAAAUUGCGAGUCUUCAAGUUGGCGAUGGCUCGCCACAAGUAUCCGACGUUAGAAAUAAACGAGUGAUCUUUCUUAAAGAACGACGAGCAGCGAAAUCACUUGUUAUACUAGUUGUGUUAUUCGCAAUCUGCUGGCUACCACUACAUAUCGUAAACACCAUAAAGCUGCUAUGUCCGCAUUGUAACAUCUCCCUUGCAUGGUUUCAUGGUGCUAUCCUUUUAAGCCAUGCUAACAGUUCAGUGAAUCCUAUACUGUAUGCGUACAUGAAUCGUAAAAUACGAUUUGCUAUAGGGCGACUAUGGGGUUUAAAAUGGGGUGAAGAUCUGGAAAUUUCUCAAAUAAGAUCUUCAGUUGUACGCAGAUAUGGGUCCCCGGGAAAGAAGAAACACAAACUUAUUGUGAUAACGAACAAACGACAUUCCAAGAAUCAGUCUUCUAAACAGAAUAAUAGUAAACACUGUUCAAGACAUUCGCAUAGUCAACAUUCGCAUAGCCAGCAUUCGCAUAGUCAACAUUCACAUAGUCAACAUUCACAUAGUCAACAGCAACAUAUUCAACAACAUUCAAUUAUUCAACAACAUAACCUAAGCAGUCAACAACACAAUGCUCAUAACUCAACUCAUAGUCAACAUUCUCAAAAUCAACACAUUUCCUAUAUUACUCAACAAAAUCCACAUUGUCCACAAAUUUCUGAAAGUCCACAAAACCCUCACUGUCCGCAAAACUCACACAGUCAACAAAUUUCUCAUAGUAACAAAAAUACACAUAGUCAACACUCAAAAAGUCAACAAAAUUCCUAUAGUCUACAAAAUUCAUCAAGUCAACAUAGUCAACAAAAGUCCCAUAGUCAACAAAACUCUCA